UUGGCUGCCAUAGUGUUUGUUUUUGUAUUGCCUCUUUUGACUAUUUCACUAGCGGAGCAGAACUCUUCACGCCGAAAUGAGAAAAACUACUGAGACAAGCACUGGCGAUGAGAAAGCCGAUAUUGUGCUGAAAUUUCAGCAACUUGCCAGAGAUGAUCUACGACAGGAUAAUGCCCGGGACUUUAUAUGCCACACAACUGAUGGCGAUCGCAUUGCGCUGAUUGGCUCCAAGACGGAACUGAUAACACUCGAGUUGAUCGACAGAAUAAACUAUCAGAUGCCAUUGCCCUAUGUAGUCGCUGGCUUCGAAUUGAACACAAAAGCACGUCCACUGGAUAAACUGGUGCAACAGGUGAAUGUGGAGCACAUUUACAACAGUUGCAAUGCCUUGGAGGUGCAACAGUUGAGUCUGGAUCCUUGUUAUGGAUCCGGCAUCUCGACACAGGAAGUGGCCGACGCCACGCUGCUGGCUGCCAAGUGGUCGCCACAACCGCUGCCCAAUGGCAACAUGGUGUUGGCCUUUCUGAACAGCUAUGGAUCCCUAGAGCUGGUCACCAAGAAGGCACAACAACCAUUCUGGCAUUACUACGAACAACACGAUAUAUCCGCCAUCUUCCGAGAUGAGCUGCAGCCGCCUUUCGAAGUGGCACCGGAUAAAAUCGAUACAUUUCGACGCUAUCAGGCAUUUAUCGAUCGCAGCUGGAUUACAAUGUUUGCCUGGCGUUCACUGGAGUCGGACAAUGGGAAUCACGUGCUGGUGCUGGGCACUGCGGUGGGCAGUUUGUGGACGCUCAGCUUGAGUGGCGAUGCACAAACAGUGCAAGCAUAUCGUGAGCUGCACACGCUCCUGGAUCGCAUCUGCUAUAUGCAUGUGUUUGAGGAUUUGCUGCUGGUGGGCGACAUCAGCGGCCAAGUGCAUCUCUACAGAUUUAACGAGAACGAUGAGGGCGGCAUGGAGUUAGUGAAACCACUGUGGCUGCGUCCCGAUCAAAUGGCACUGCAGCAGGCGGUGAUAACGCGUUGCGAUGAACGCAAAUGCUACUACAUUGCCUGCUGCAAGGGCGCACAUCUGCUCGUCUGGUGCAUGCCACAACUUCCAGGUGGAGAGAACUGGCUGGAGACACGAUUCCUAGUGGGAGGCAUUAAGAUAACAGGUUUUUCAAGCAUUGGCAACUCCAGCUAUGUGCUGGGCACGGCACGUGGCCCGCUCUAUCGCAUUGAACUUCAACACAAGGCAGCUCAGCUAAGUGUGAGCAAGCAGCUGAUUGAGAUAGACGAUGUGGAGAACUUUGGUGCCAUGGGCAUCUUCAAUAGUCCGCACAGCAAUCUGCUAACACUACUUUUUGUGCGCAACAAAGAAUAUAUGCUUGACAACAAGUUGCUGCGUCGCGAGCUCACGGUCUACGUGGGCAAACUGAGCAAGGACGAUUCCUUAGCAAAACUCACUGAAUUGCUCUCAAACAACGAACCCAUCAAUCGCUACAAGGAUCUGUUGAGCGAUGUGCGUCUGCAGAUUUUCAAUCGUCACGACAUGGAAAAGUUUAUCAAAUUUGGUUCCUGCGAGUCUCUUGUCGUCGGUGAGCUAGUCACGCUAAUGCAACAGCAACAGCUGCAGCUGAAGUAUCAUGUCAUGGAUGCACUCCAACAUGUGCAGCAAUAUCAGACGAAAGAGUAUUGUGAAAUGGAAAUGAAGCUGCUGUUGUCCAUAUUGACUAUAACUCAUAUCCGUUUGCGUCUACAGUAUUUGACUGGUCUGACUAAGCUAACGCCUUUCCAAACCAAGGCAUCCCAAUGCCAGUUGCAAGAGAUGCUGCGUAUCAAGCAGCAGCUGGAGGAGCUGCUGGUGAAGGAACAGCCUAUCAAUACGACCAUCAAACGUUUCUUAGAUUUAAUUGAGGUGCACUUUAGUGCGGUGCAGCAGAAGCUGGGAAAACCUCCUAAACUUGAUGCGAAUCAGGAGUCAAAACGCUGUUGCAUUUCAUUUGUGGAGCUUCUCCCCGAGUUGGAGACACAUUACUGCACUCUCUGUGGUCGCCAGGCGUUGAUGGAACAGCAACUGUUGCUGGAACUUUAUGAGCCUGGCAGUCGGUUAGUUUGUCCCUACUGUCAUGGAGCAUUCAUCAUGGAGCUGUGUGAUGCAUAA